CCGAAUACGCAAUCCAAUGAAAUUACUAUAUUACCCCUCCCAGCCCCAACGCCGUUGAGGCAAGCAAGGGGCACGCGAGAUCUCCUGGCUCUCGCUCUGUCGCUCGCUCGUCCGCCUCUCACAUUCCUCUUCCUUCUCGGCACAAAGUAGGAGAAGCAGAAAUAUAAAGCAAAGCAGAGCGAGGCGAGGAAGACAAGUCAGCCCCUGAGAAAUCUCUCUCCACACGCAAUACAGAGGUAGAGAGAGAGAGAGAGAGAGAGAGAGCAGAGAAGAAUAGGAAGAGAAGAAGUCUUUCUCUGGUUUUGCUUUCUCUCCUUGAAAGGUUUUCACGGUGAAAGCAACAAUGCCUGCUCAGAAGCGUUCCUCGGAAAAUCUCGAGGAGGAAUCUCAGCAUCGCCACCACAACAACAACAACAACAACAACAACACGCAACAAGCAGAAGCAGGAGUAGAAGAAGAAGAUGGAGAAGAUUCCAAUGGAAGCCCUUCGUCUAGUAGCGGAGACAAAAACGAAUUUGUCUUAGUAAGAUUGUCAGACAUACGCAAAGAAGUGCAAUGUCCAAUAUGCCUAGGUAUCAUUCGGAAAACAAGAACUGUAAUGGAAUGCCUGCAUCGCUUUUGCAGGGAAUGCAUUGACAAAUCAAUGCGGAUGGGGAAUAAUGAAUGUCCUGCUUGCCGGACACAUUGUGCAAGUCGUCGUUCUUUGAGGGAUGAUCCAAACUAUGAUUCUCUAAUUGCAGCUUUAUAUCCAGAUAUUGACAAGUAUGAGGAAGAGGAACUGGCUUUCUAUGAAGAGGAGAAGGAUCGGAAUAAGCAGAUCCAAGCAUCCAUUGCCCAGACAUUAAAACGGCAAUCAGAAGCACUCGGUCGUAGACGCACAACAGCUAAAGCCACAGCAGCUGCAUUUGUGAGGAAAUCUCAGGGAAAUUAUCGCAGCUCUCAUUCAAGAGCGAGAAGAAGUGGUCGUGGUUUGGAACUUCAAGGAUCUGACGACGAUGAUGAUACAAAUGGCAAUGAUGGAAGCAAAGAUUCAUCUUCUGAUGAGCGGAUAGAAGUGAAGCCUAAAAGGUGCAGGAGAUGGGCAGGACCACGGUUCUCUCAGCCUUCUUCUGCAGCUGCCCUUGCAGAGGGAGGCUGUGAUGAAAAUGAUGAUUUGGAAGUGAGCAGAGAAAGCACGGGUGCAUCUCCUGGGUUGGUUGGGAGUCCAGAAGUAUUGGCUUGGGGCAAGGGUGGUGUGCGGAGUCACACACGAUAUGGCAGUGUAAGUGGUAACAAUGGUAAGAAUGCUCGGAAUACUCCUUUAUCUAAGUUGGUAGAGUACCUCCGGAGCUUGGACGAAAAUGAUGAGUUGGAUGUACAUCUGACACUUACCCCUUUGGACGAAGAAAAUAUUCCAAGUUUGCAGCGGCCAUACCUUUGUUGCCGGCCUUCCUUGUCUAUUAGACACUUAUGCCAAUAUGUAGCACUCCAGACUCCAGUGCAAGCUGAAGACGUUGAAAUAUUGGUGGUAAAAAAGCCCCACUAUUCAAAUGCUGACCAGUUUGGUCCCUUGUUCAAUCCUUCAACCUCCAAGGAUGUUCCGAUUCUAAAGUCCCUUGUUGAUCCUUCCAAAGAUGAGCUGCAAUUAUUGGAAGAGCAAGAAACCCUGGCAGAACUUCAAGCUAAUUGUACCUCUUGCAGAGGCCAUCUGGUUCUGGCAUAUCGGCAGAAGGCAGUAAGUUAAGGAAACAAAUGCGUGCGGACCUAUUGACUUUCUCAUAUUGAGCAGAUGAUUGUAUUCUCCAUUGUGAUUUGUAUAUAAAUUACACACAAAAGGUUUCUGCUUGAUCUAGUCCCUGAUGAUGCAUUGAUCUUCCAACACUAGGCUAUGUAAAGCCAUAAAGAAGCAAGAGUAGCAGGGUGGUUGUGUUGGAAGAAGACACAAGAACAACAGUUCAGAUAUAGAAAAGUUGUAUGCUUGAUAGU